AUGGUUUCACCUGCAGCUCAGACCCACAGAGAUAUUUCUACACACACUUCAACAGCAGAAAGGACAGGAAGAGGAAGGGGAGGCUGUGAGCCACGUCUCAUGAGGUCUGAUCUCAGUCUGCAGCAGAGACAUCAUGGAGGUCACAGCUCUCUGCUUCACCCUGAUGGUGGAGCUGCUGGUCCUGCUGGUGGACCCCUGUUGCUUUGCUCAGAGACCUGCUCUUCCUCGGGUUCUUCCAGACAGACUGCAGUUCUUUGAAUAUGAGUCUGUGAGUGUAGACUGUGCAGAGUCCUCUGGAUCGACUGAUUGGAGAGUGAUGAGGAAACAGAACCAGACACAACCAAAGAGGUCCAAGAGCUGGAACUCCUCGUCCCCGUCCGUCUCCAUCCAUCCAGCCUUUAGCUAUGACAGUGGAGAGUACUGGUGUGAAGACGCAGAGGGAAGCACCAGUGAUGCCCUCAACAUCACCGUCACUGAUGGCUCCGUCAUCCUGGACGUUCCUGCUCGCCCUGUGGAGGAAGGAGGUCACCUGAUCCUCCGCUGUGAGAAGAAAGAUGACCUCAAACCAAUCGCUGACUUCUACAGAGACGGCUCCCACCUGGGGACACGGUAUGACGCUACGCUGACGGUCACAGACGUCUCUGAGGAGGACGCAGGACUCUACUGGUGCAGCGUCUCUGGAGCCGGGGACUCCCCACGGAGCCGACUGGGGGUCCGGAACCAGACUGCAGCAGAUGUGGAGACUCGUCCUACCCCAACUACCCCCACCCACCUGAUCUGCACCCACCCGCCUCCCCCCCACUCCAGCCCUUGUCCUCAGCUCGGGGUGGUUGUUGGCGUGUUGGUGGGGGCUCCACUGCUGCUGCUGGGGGGGCUUCUUCUCUGUAGGAACCAUGAAGCAGAAGCAGAGGCGUCUUCAGCUGGUCCCCUGGAGGAGACCCUCCUCUAUUCCACAGCCUACUAUCGGUGAGAAGCUACUUCCUCCCCUCAGGGGUCAGAGGUCACACACAGGGGAGAGGGGGAACCAGCAGUUAGAUGACGCCCUUCUGUUCACAGGCUUGGAGGUGAAGCUGAAGGCCGGAGGAGGCGACCUGCUCAAACUUCUCCUUCUGUGUGACCCUGAGGACGUCUCACGGUCUCCCUGCAACGCUCGCUUGGUACGCAGCAAGACGUCCCCAGCUUUUUGAAUUUGUGAAAAGACAAUUGUGUUUGUAUAAAAAAAUGAUUAUAUCUGGAUUUUAAAUUACCUACAAGUUUUCUUUCGAUUAUAAAACUGGUAUUUUUGAGAGUAACUCUAUUCUCUGAUCAGCUGAUCUUCCCUGAAGGCACU